CCCUCCCUUACAAUUGCAGGAUUUUUCCCCUGUUUCCACAGCAUGCUGUUUCUGUAAGGUUGGGAUGAUCCUUUGGAAACUCAUUUUCAAAUAUUUCAACUGACAAAUUGCUCUCUUGACUUUCUCUAAACAGAGCCAGCCUGUGUGGGGAGUUGUGUGUGGGUUGGCUGUUAUUAGCAGUAGUUGAAACUCCAGAGGCAGAUCUAGCUGACUUAAACGCUUUCAGUUUUGUUUCUAACAUGCAGUUGUGAAUCACAUGCACAUUUUAAACCCAAAAUACAUGGGUAUUAGAAGCUUUUAAGAAUUUAAAAUGCCACUGUUACUAUUCCUGUUGUUUUUAAGCAAGCCCAAGGCAGGAAAUGAAGUAGAACCUGUGUUGUAACAUACUCAACCACCUUUGGAGCACACAGCUUUCCUUGUUUUCAUGGAGCAGAAAGUUAGAAAUCCCUCCCUGAGCACAGUAAAAGCCAGUCAGGCAGGAAAAGCUUUAGGAGAGAAUUUCAGGAAAUUGCUGUGCCUUUUUUCCCUUUGGCUGGUUCUUCUCCCCCUGCAGAGUCAGGGAUGUGACCUCCCUGCCCUGCCAGGUGCCCUGAGGUCUGGCUGCUUUUCCCAGGACGCCUGUUCUUUCUUUCUCUCUCCCAGCGUCAACGCCUGCGUGGACGUGGUUCUGUCUGGGGUGAAGCUGCUGGAGGCUCUGGGGCUGGAGCCCAGUGAUGGGAAGGACCAUGCAGUGCUGAACUCUGGGCAGGACCUGAAGGAGGCUUUUGCCCAUUUCAUGGAGAGAGGGGCGGCUGCCGAGCGCUUCUUCAGCGACGCCGAGGCCUUCCAGGACAUUGCGCGCGCAGCCUCGGAGCACCCCGCAGCUCAGCUUUACGUGGGAGGAAAUGCUGCUCUCAUCGGGCAGAAGCUUGCAACAAACCCAGACCUGAAGAUCCUCCUUUGUGGCCCAGUUGGUCCCAAACUCCAUGAACUACUUGAUGACAAUGUGGUUGUACCACCUGAAUCCAUGCAGGAAAGAGAUGAAUUCCAUCUUAUCUUGGAAUAUCAAGCAGGUGAGCAGUGGGGCCGGGUGAGGGCACCCGCUGCCAACCGCUUCAUCUUCUCGCACGAUCUGUCCAACGGCGCCCUGAACAUGCUGGAGGUGUUUGUGUCCAGCCUGGAUGAGUUCCAGCCUGACCUGGUGGUGCUUUCAGGACUUCACAUGAUGGAAGGGCAGAGCAAGGAGAUGAGACAGAGGCGACUCAUGGAGGCUGUGGCCUCCAUCUCUGAUAUCCCAACUGACAUUCCCAUACACCUGGAGCUGGCCAGUAUGACUGAUCAGGAUUUUAUGAGCAACAUUGUGCAUCAGCAGGUCUUUCCCCUGGUCAACUCCAUCGGGCUGAACGAGCAGGAGCUGCUGUUCCUCACCCAGUCUGCCUCUGGUCCCCACGCCUCGCUGGCCUCCUGGAGCGGCAUUCCCGACGUGGGGGUGGUCAGUGACAUCCUCUUCUGGAUCCUGAAGGAGCACGGCAAGACGGCGGAACGGGCCUCGGACCUGACCCGCAUCCACUUCCACACGCUGGCCUACCACAUCCUGGUCACCGUGGACGGCCACUGGGGCAACCAGGCAGCAGCAGUGGCAGCUGGGGCCAGGGCUGCGGGCACCCAGGCCUGUGCCACCGACACCAUCGACACCACCAAGGUCUUCCUCAAAGCUCCCCUAGAGUUCGUCACCUCCCACACGGAGGCACCAUCCAAAAUCUCCCUCAAUCCAGACGAGCCCGUGGUGCAGUGGCACAGGGAAGGCAUCUCCUUCCACUUCACCCCUGUGCUGGUGUGCAAGGAUCCCGUGCGGACCGUGGGGCUGGGGGACGCCAUCUCAGCCGAGGGACUGCUCUACUCUGAAGCGUAUCCUCAGUAGCAAACCAGGAGCCUCCUUCUUCUCCAGCACUGCACGGUGUCUGAGAGCCGUGGAUUGGCAUUUGAAGCAGUGGUGGUAUAGGAACAGAAGCAGGGUGUGGUGUGUUUUCUGGGUAUAACUGUCAAAGAGCCAAAGAAUAAUUCCAGGUAUAAACUGUCAGCUACAUUCCAGUCACUCAGCAGUGACUCGAGCGCUUCACGUGCAGGUCAGGUGCAAAGGUUUUAAUAUUUAAUGUGAAAACUGGCUUUGUCUUAAGGAGGAGGGACACAAAGACCAAAAUCCCUGGCUGGCAAAGUUUGCUGCUCGUAGCUCAGUGUGGAUCUUUUCUGGUAGUGCUGCAAAGUGCAGCAGCAGGAGAAUUUCCUGCCCCUGGAUCCCAGGGGGAGCACAGCAGUGCCCAGCCCUGCCUCUCUGGUAAAUUCAAAAUAAAAGGCUUGUGGGUUAUCUCCUCCCAGCACUUUGCAAACCUUCCUUGGGGUGAGGAUGGAGUUACUGCCUGGUGCAAUCACCUCUCUGUGUGCCCAGCCCCAGAGGGAGCCACGGUCCCAAAUGACACAGACUGAACCUACUCCAGGCUGCACAGGUGAUCCUGGACAUCUGUGACUAAGGGUGUUCCACAUGAGCAGCCUGUGCUUAGUUUUUAGGAAACAAGGAGCGAAGAUAAUCAGGUUUUCUGUUUGGGGGACAGCUCUGUUUCCCUGCCAGGGAACCCCAAACCAUUCCCUGUGUUUGCUGUACUCUGCUAAUGGUGUGUUACAGAAAAGCUCUUGAGUGCUGGAGACUCAUUUUUGGGUGUUUGAGAAUGGUUGUGCCAAAUUCUUCAGUCUCCCUGCCCUCUAUUAGGAAAGGUUAAUGUAUCAGGGAGGGUCCCUCUGGAAGCUCAAAAGCUGCAACAGCAUUUUCCAGGUAAGACUGAAGUGAGGUGGCCUUUUUAGGGUUUGAUGUUGGGAUUUUUUUGACUAGGUCACUGAUAGUUUCUUUGCUCUGGCCUGUGAAAUUAAAAAAGCAGAAUCAUGUGUCCUUGUUAAA